AGUGUGAGAGCCCAGCAGGACUCAGAGGGGAGAGUUGGAGAAAAAGGCAGAAAAGGGAAAGAAAGAGGAAGAGAGAGAGUGAGAGAGGCUGAGCAGACCCUGAUGGCUACAGAUGAAGUUACAGGAGGGGCUCGCAAAGCUACGAAAAGCAAACUUUUUGAGUUUCUGGUCCAUGGGGUGCGCCCUGGGAUGCCAUCAGGAGCUCGAAUGCCCCAUCAGGGGGCUCCCAUGGGUCCUCCAGGCCCCCCAUAUGUCGGAAGCCCCUCAGUGCGACCUGGGAUGCCCCAGACUGUGAUGGAAACCACAAGAAAACGCACUGCACCACAGCAGGUCCAGCAGCAGCAGGUGCAGCAGCAGGUGCAGCAGCAGCAGCAAGCCACUCAGAACCGAGCUAGGAGUGCCAAGAGGAGGAAGAUGGCUGACAAAAUUCUCCCUCAGAGGAUCCGGGAGCUGGUUCCUGAGUCCCAGGCCUACAUGGAUCUCUUGGCCUUCGAGCGCAAGCUAGACCAGACCAUUAUGCGGAAGCGCGUGGAUAUUCAGGAAGCGCUGAAGAGGCCAAUGAAGCAAAAGCGGAAACUGAGACUUUACAUUUCCAACACAUUUAAUCCUGCAAAAUCAGACGCUGAUGACUCUGAUGGCAGCAUUGCUUCGUGGGAGCUGCGCGUGGAGGGGAAGCUCCUGGAUGAUCUCAGCAAACAGAAGCGGAAGUUUUCAUCUUUUUUUAAGAGUUUGGUUAUUGAACUGGACAAAGAUCUUUAUGGACCUGACAAUCAUCUUGUGGAGUGGCACAGAACUCCCACGACCCAGGAAACGGAUGGCUUCCAGGUGAAGAGACCUGGGGAUGUCAGCGUGCGAUGCACAUUACUCCUCAUGUUGGACUACCAGCCUCCCCAGUUCAAGUUGGACCCACGGCUGGCCCGGCUGUUGGGGAUCCACACGCAGACACGCUCGGCCAUCAUCCAGGCUCUCUGGCAGUACAUCAAAACAAACAAGCUGCAGGACUCCCAUGAUAAGGAAUACAUUAACUGCGACAAGUACUUCCAGCAGAUCUUUGACUGUCCACGGCUAAAGUUUUCUGAAAUUCCUCAGAGACUCACUAACCUACUGCUGCCGCCAGACCCGAUAGUGAUAAACCACAUCAUCAGUGUUGACCCCAACGAUCAGAAGAAGACGGCUUGUUAUGACAUAGAUGUAGAAGUUGAAGACCCAUUAAAGGGCCAGAUGAGUAGUUUUCUUCUCUCAACAGCUAACCAACAGGAGAUAACAGCAUUGGAUAACAAGAUACAUGAGACAAUUGAAUCCAUAAAUCAGCUAAAAAUACAACGUGAUUUUAUGCUGAGUUUCUCCAAGGAUCCCAAAGGAUACAUCCAAGACCUUCUCCGGUCCCAAAGCAGGGAUCUUAAGGUGAUGACUGAUGUGGUUGGAAACCCGGAGGAAGAACGGAGAGCUGAAUUUUAUCAUGAGCCAUGGUCUCAAGAAGCUGUGAGCAGAUACUUCUACUGCAAGAUCCAGCAGCGCCGACAGGAAUUGGAACAAUCUUUGGGAGUGCGUAACACAUAAGUACUGCUCACAACAUUCCAUUGGCAUCAGGACCACCGAACCAGUGGACUUCUCAGUGUUACUUAGCUCACUGUUACACAUGGACCUGCUUCCUGACUGGAUGAGAACGUGCCGUCAACACACCAGUCAGAACACCAGCUUUAGAGUGACCCUUGAAAUCUUGUCCAGGACGGGUGUCUCAAACCAUUCCAAGCCAGAGACAGCACCAUACAAGUGUCAGUGUGAAAGAAGACUAAAGGUUCACUCAUCAACGCACAUUGUUAAGUUUUAGUGGAAAGUUAGACACUACACAGCAAAUCCUAAUGGGCUAUGCUUAGAAUCAUGGAUGGCACCAAUGGUGGAGGUUGAGAUAGGUGUUCUAGGAGACUACAGAUUUAGAGAAAUAAAUGCAGUUCUUACCCUAUGGUACCCAAGAGUCUCAAACAGUAACUUAUCUGGAAUUAGACAAGAUAGUCUUUCUUAUAGCUGUGGAAUGCUUUAUAUUCCUGAAUAGAGUUUUUAUUUCAGCCAAACCAGUGUAAGAAGCUAUCUCACCAUCUGAAAGAACAAACUAAGAACAUUUGCAUCCUGGAAUGCAGAGCCCGUCUGGAAGAAAGACAUAUAGUCAGGCCAUCUCUUCUGCAGAUGCAAAUAAUUCCUCUUCCCUUUGUCCUGGCAGUGAAAGGUAGAUUGCAUCACAUAUCACUAGAUGGGUAUGAUCUGUACACUGUACUGAGAGAAAGAGAAUAAUUCCUGGGAUAAGAGCUUCUUAUGCAUCCUUAAUAUCAGUGGUAUUAGCAACAAAUGAGGCAUUCUGAGAAAACUAAAAUAACGUAAUGGUGCUUUGCUGAUGCCUGCCUUUAACACAGCAGAUAUUAACAAUAAGUAUAUAUGUAAAAUACCAGAUUAUUUAAAUGUUUCUCUGUGUGCCUGUAGGGUUCAUCACUGAAAAGAACUUCCUAAUUCUUGGUGUAGAAUCCAAGAUGCUUAAUUUAAUGUCACAUGGUAGUUUUUUCUUUACUCAAGAUGUUAACAGAGUCCCUGGAUUGGUCUCACAUUUUGAUCAUAGGUGAACUGCCUCUUACUAUGAAUUAUUUAGCUCUCCCAUACAUGAUACGUGAUGGUUAUUUUGGAUGCUGUUGAGUUAUAAAGCAUAUCAGCCUUAAAUAGCACAGAGAGCAUAUCCCGUGGAAAUCAUCUUCUUUGUAAAUGUAUGACAAAUUCAGAUAAUGGGAAUUUAUAGAAUGAUUACUUGGAAGCAGGGACAUCUUCCUUAAAUCCUUCCCCUCCUAAUUUUUUGUAGUGCACAGAUGUGCCAUAAUAAAGGCCCAAUAUAAUUUCUAGUCCAAAAAGCAGCUGCCAAAGUAUAACUGUCCAUUUGAUGUGGCAUUCAAAAUCCUCUUCUAGGUUACUCCUUUUCAACUCCAUUCUUACACUCCUUGGGAAGAGAAUCAAAUUCACAUGUGAUAUGGAAGGAAGGCAGCUCUUCUGAAUAAAUGCAUUUUUUCUCUA